CUUCAAGUGACGACUUCUCUCCGUCAUUCUGUUUGAGAAUCAGUAACAUGUCAGUUCUUUUACACGAUUAUUGGAAACGUGGAUGAGAUGUCCGAACAAAUAUUUCUUAAAAUGUUAAUAUUUACCUGAAGAAUACAUUGUUUAAUUUAAUUAUCAGAAAAAUGAAAGCUCUUAUGAUUAUGUUGAUGUUAAUUACUUGCAGUGAUAAACUUAGCAGUUACAACAUUUCGCAAGAUGAUUAUUUUGCGCAAGAGACAAAGCCGAUUUAUUGUCGAUCUGAAAGAGGAGUUUCAUUAUCAUUUGAUAUCUACAAGAAAGACACUUGUGCCAGAUGCUAUAAUUAUUUACCUUCGUGGGCUUUCGUUGAUACUGGAUUGAGAUUCAGAUAUAAUUUCUUCUUGGGAACCCUGGUAGAUCCGAAGACAAAUAUAAGUUAUACAAUUGAUCCCAACAAUUUAACUCAUCCUAUAUUUGAUACAUUUGUAAAUAAUGUAUUUGCUUCAAAAUGGACAUCUUGUUGCCACGCUGCUGUUGCUUGUUGUGAAAAAAUGGCAUCUGAUCCAAAACCAGACCAAGAAAAAUUAUAUUGUCCAAGAACUUGGGAUGGUUGGCAAUGCUGGUCAGACACACCUGCGGGGCAAGUUGCGCAAUCAGUUUGUCAAGAACAUAUUUAUUUUUCUAGCAAACCUCCACCGUGUCCAAGAUAUGCUGUUAAAGCUUGUACUUCGGAAGGCUCUUGGUACGUGCGUGGAAAUUUUUCAGAAUGGACAAAUUAUAAUGGAUGCGGCAGAGUUGAAGGUAUGCUUCGGCUGCAAUAUUUUCAUAUUGCUACUCAUUCUGUUUCCAUGUCUUUUCUCGUUCCAGCCAUUAUUACGUUUGUUUCGUACAAACAACUACGAGUUUAUCGAAUUAUAAUGCACAGGAACCUGUUUAUAUCUCUUUUCUUAAAUGGAGUUUUUGUAAUUCUUUUCAAGUCAAUCGUAAUGUUAGACGAACUUCAUAAUUUUGAUAAUACUAUUCUUGAUGAGAACAAAGUUGGUUGUAAAAUACUUCUUAUUUUAACCAAAUAUUUCCAAAUGACUAAUUACAUGUGGAUGUUCUGUGAAGGAUUUUACUUACAUCGCCUGAUUGCAGCAGCAUUUGCGGAACAGAAAAAUAUUAUAAAGUUUUAUUUCAUUGGAUGGGGUUUUCCCAUUAUACCUAUUACAAUUUAUGCUAUAUUAAGAGAAAAUUUCGCUAAUUCACAAUGCUGGGCGAUUCCCGCUGAUCCAUAUGAAUGGAUUUUAAACAUACCUAAUUUAUUCAGUUUAAUGCUAAAUUUCGUCUUUCUCUGCCACAUUAUUCAAGUGUUGGUAACUAAACUACAGGCAACUCAUGCAAACGAGCCAAGUCAAUACAGUUAUUUUAGGAAAGCUGUUAGAGCAACUUUAGUUUUAGCUCCUUUAUUUGGUCUCCAUUUCUCACUGGCUAUUUAUCGACCGCACUCAGUUAGUUGCGAACUCUUGGAAGCGUAUACAUUUUUCACUUAUACAUUAGAUGGAUUGCAGGGAUUUCUCGUUUCAUUAAUUUUUUGCUACUUUAACAGUGAGGUAAUGUAUCUGUUUAAACGUUCCUACAAAAGACAUCAACUUCGACAUAUUACUCCAAGAAAACCAUUAGGAAGGCUGGGAUUAUCUCGUUUAUCUUUGUCUACACAGAUGUCUAGUGUAUUGGACAAUCACAUAACAACAAAUAGGAGGACUUCUAGACAAAUAGGUGGUGCACAUAACACAACUACAUGCUAAAAUCCAUACUUAUAAUUAUAUUCAUUGUUGAAGGCAUCAGUUUUUAAUUUGUUGUUGUGUCUUUUCGUGUUUUGU